GCAAAGUAAUUCUGAUUUUUUUCAGGUUUAAUUGCCAGUCUAAUCAUGCAUCUGCUCCGUGCACUCGUUGUUGUUUGCCUCUGCGUUUCCAUGGCAACUGCGCAGAGGUGCACUGAUGACGUGUGCGAGUUCACGCUGGCGGUCCGGUACGCACGGACCAUGACGCACACCGCAAGGAACGGUUACGUCACUGGGGUGGAUCUUCUAACAAACGGGAGUCUGAAGGUGAGAGAUUUCUUAUGGGAGAGGGACGGACCCAUAGUUCCUGUGGAAGAGACCAUCACAGCUGAUGGAGCGCAGCGAAACGUAAUCCUGGUGAACGGCCAGUUCCCCGGUCCCACACUGGAGGUCAUGGAAGGAGCGCAGGUGAUCGUAACUGUCGUCAACAACCUGCUGAGAGAAGCCACGACACUCCACUUCCACGGCAUGCACAUGCGCGGUGUGCCAUAUAUGGAUGGGGUUCCUUACGUCACGCAGUGUCCCAUCCUACCCAUGCACAACUUCACCUACAGGUUCAAGGCGGAGCCAGCGGGAACCCAUUGGUACCAUGGGCACAUGGGCUCUCAGAAGGUCGAUGGUCUGUAUGGGGCCUUCAUAGUGCACAAGAACAGCAUGCCGACGAAACCGUCCCUGCCGCUGUUCCUGCAGGAUUGGUGGCACGAAGACUUCAACAACAUCGACGUGGACAACGGGUUCAUGGACAGGAUGUUGGGUCCCGGGCGCUACUUCGUCACCAACCAAGAACGUGCCUUCAUGUUUGACGGUAGCUUACUGACGGCUAUCCGCUUCGAAUCUGGCCUCAUCAACGGGCGUGGCCGUUCUAACAACAACUCCGCCCCGCUCACAAGGUGUGACAUCUCGCCUGGAGAAACCCUGCGGCUCCGCCUCAUCCACGCAGGCGCAGAGUACACCUUCCGCCUGUCCAUCGACGCGCACAGCAUGACGGUCGUGGCGGCUGACGGGCAUGACGUCACGCCGGUCCAGGUCCAGUCCAUCCUCGUGUUUCCGGGAGAGUCGUACGACUUCGAAGUGACCGGCGAUCAGCCUGUCGCGAACUACUGGAUCCGCGCCGAGACGCCGUGGGCGGGGAAAGGGCCCGAUGCCGCUUCAGAGAACCGAAUGCAAGAUGUAAAGGCCAUCCUGGCAUAUGACGGCGCCCGUACCAAUGAAGACCCGGUGACGACCACCCAAGAUUGCACCGAGGACAACCCGUGCCGGGUUCUGAACUGCCCUUUCCCGGCCUUCCCUCAGAACAGCCAUGCAGAAUGUCUCUACGCCACAGACCUGAGGAGCACCCAGGAGUACUCAAUGCCGGACGAGUCAGAAACUAUCCAGGAGUACUUUUUCAGCUUCGGACUUGGCUCCACGAUAAACUUUAUCAAGUUUGACACCCCGAAAGCGCCGCUGAUUUUAAACACGCGUCCCGAUGACGACUUCCCCCCCUGCGAGACCACCUGUGGAUUCAUCGGCGGCUGCUGGUGCAGGCACGUGAUGAAGCUGCCACACGGGAAGACCAUCAGGUUUGUGCUGAUGAACCUGGGCGUUAUUGGUUACGGGAUGCACCACUCCGUACAUCUGCACGGGUACGACUUCAGGGUUCUGGCCAUGGGGUUUCCAGACUACAACGAAACAACGGGGCGCCUGACGUCUCCCAACGCCGAUAUUUACUGCGGAGACAGCCUGGAAUGUAGCGUGGCGUCCUGGAACGGAACAAGGAGGCCGAACCUGAACUUCAACAGACCCCCUGUCAGGGACACAGUGGUCGUGCCCGCCUUUGGCUACACCGUUAUAGAAAUCAGGAGUAACAACCCGGGAUUCUGGUUCUUCCACUGUCAUCAAACAACUCACCAGACCCAGGGGAUGGCCAUGGUGUUCGCGGAGGCCCUGGACAAGUUACCCGCCCUUCCACACGGCUUCCCCACCUGUGGAGACUUUACUGGGGACGAGAAACCGUCAACGGGAGAGAGCGGCGAAGGACCGAAUGGACAGUCGGGGACUCUGGCGUGGUUGGAUGAAACUAGGCUGGUUAUCAUCAUCCUCGCAGCGACAGCCCUGUCUGCCAUCCUCACCCUGGCGGCCGUCAGGAUCUACCACGCACGUACAGGCAAGAGCAAGGAGAAGGUACCAGAAACACCCGAGACUCCACGACUGCUGGGCAACACAGUUCCGAGAGAAAAUGGUGCUUCGCAAUGGAAGGAAGACACUCAGUUUUGAGCACAUGUACCAAGUUUUGUUGCAUGCGAUUUCAGGGCAGCAAAACUGGAAAUAUUCUGAAUUUCUUUAUUUCUUCCUCAAGCAUACAUUGAUAGGGAAAUAAACAC